CCUUGAAAAGGUAUGUUGGCGUGGUUUACGUAGUCAAGGUUUCAUUCAUUUGCGUAGAUAUUCAUUGUGAUUGUUGGAUAAAAAGUACCUUUUCCAUAUUUCUUAUCUAAACAUAGUACCGUCACAAGACAGUUCUGUCAUGUAAAGAAUCUAAAGAUUCUUCAGGAUUUUGGAUCUCAACAGUCGUAAAAGUUCGAGGGACCGUAUUGUCACAACAUAAUUCGCAUUCAACUAGAUACAAAUUUCGACGAGGUGGCUGUAUAGUGAUUUAGUGGGUCGGAUGAGUAAAUAACACAAUUUUUCCCUGCUUAAUAACAAAGCAGUUUUCCUGAUGGAUAUACAGAGUGCAAUACUUCACGAGUUAGAUAUUACAAAUGAAUUCAGAUCAGACGUAUUGGCGAAUAAACUUGGAGUCGAUCAUCAGGUGAUUGUUGGAGGGAUAAAAAGCUUAGAAAACUAUAACGGAAUAAUAAAGUGUGAAAAUAUUACUGAAGUGCUUUUAUUACUGACAGAAGAAGGCAAAGAGAUAUUGGACAAUGGUAGUCACGAAUAUCGAGUGUAUUGUGCAGUCCCUGAGUCAGGUGUAGCACAAAGUGAUAUAUUGAAAAUAUUUCCCAGUGCUAAAAUAGGCAUUAGUAAAGCACUUGCUUUAAAGUGGAUAAAAUUAACAAAAACUGAAGAUGGUACACCGUAUUUAUAUCGUUUGAUUCCUGAAGUGAAAGAUGAUGUGCAGCAAUUACUAUUGGAAGUAAAACAGUCCACAUGUUCGCUAUCGGAUAAUGACAAGUCACAGCUAAAGAAAAGAAAACUAGUCACUGAAUCAAAGCGUACGUUGUAUUUGGUCCGGCAAGGUCCCUCAUUUUCUACAAAUUUAAGCGCAGAAGAAACAGAUUUAUCAUCUGACUUACUAUCAAGUGGAGAAUGGCAAACAGCCAGAUUUAAAGCUUACAACUUUGAUGCUCUUGGUGCUACUCUACCAUCUGGACAUUUACAUCCCCUUCUAUGUGUUCGCGCAGAAUUCUGCAGGAUACUUUGUGAUAUGGGAUUUUCUGAAAUGCCAACAAACAAUUAUGUUGAAUCUAGUUUCUGGAAUUUCGAUAGCCUUUUCCAGCCUCAACAACACCCUGCUCGAGAUGCUCAUGAUACAUUUUUCGUUUCAGAUCCUAUGUUCACUGAUGUAAACAAAACAGUCGAUGCUAGUUAUGUUGAUAAGGUUCGUACUGUGCAUACUCAAGGUGCUUUCGGUAGUCGAGGUUAUCAGUCAGAAUGGUCGAUGAAAGAGGCUGAAAAAAAUUUAUUACGUACUCAUACUACAGCAGUCAGUGCGCGUAUGCUGUACGCUCUGGCAAAAAAGACUCCAUUUACUCCUGCAAAAUAUUACAGUAUUGAUCGUGUAUUCCGUAAUGAGAAUUUAGACUCAACUCAUUUGGCAGAAUUUCAUCAAGUCGAGGGUGUAGUCGCUGAUUUCGGUCUUGGUUUAAGUCAUUUAAAAGCUGUGAUUCGGACAUUCUUCGGCAAAUUAGGACUGCAUCAACUACGUUUCAAACCGGCUUAUAAUCCGUAUACUGAGCCCAGUAUGGAAAUAUUCAGCUAUCAUCCUGGUCUCAAAAAAUGGAUAGAAAUAGGAAAUUCCGGACUAUUCCGUCCUGAAAUGCUUCGACCAAUGGGGCUGCCUGAAGGACUGUCUGUAUUAGGUUGGGGUUUGUCGCUGGAACGACCAACUAUGAUUCGCUAUGGUUAUAAAAAUAUUCGUGAUUUGGUUGGUCCAAAAAUUGAUCUGAAUAUGAUAUACAAAGCACCGUUGUGUCGUAUGGAUAAAUUUUAACAUUAAUCAUGUGUACACGAUUUGAUGAAUAAAUAACAAGUGGUCCUCUUCAGUUGUAUUUAAUGAAAAGACCUGAGUUUCUUCCUAUAAACAAACUGUUUUGUCAAUCAAACACAAAAAUAAUUUCAGCUAAUACAUGAUGUUAAGCAGUUCUUUCUGUACUGUAUUGAUAAACUGUUAUAAUUGUGCAUGUGUGUAUGAUGUCAUGGAAAAAGAUGAGUCGUGUUAUUGUUGAAGUCUUGUAUCUCAAUUUAGCUGUUCUGUUUUUAUUUUUAUUUUCCUAAUGCGUAUUCUUGGUUGAAAUAUACAGAUCCCAUUUCAAUGCAUCAUGGGGAUUGUCAGAGGACUUAUGGCUGGAUGAUGCUGAUGAUUAUUGAAGGAAUUUUUAAGUUUUUGUAUGAAAUAAUGAUAUGCGAGAAGUUUUCAAAUUUCGUUAUUAAUUUUUAUCAGUUUAUCAAGUUGUUCAUCAGAUGCUGUCCGAAGAACAUUGACAUAAAGAUUCCGAAAGGCUUAUCGGUUAGUUGUUGAUUGCUCCUUGCUUAUGUGUGAUGCAAUGUACUGCUUAGUCCUAACCGUUAGUUACUGCCUUGACAUGGCGGUGGUUGG